AUGACAGAGAGGGGCAAAAAGUUUGAGCAGCUUGAAGAGUGUGUGGAAGGCAUCAUAGAUCACUGUCGUGAGGCUGGAAUUAUAGUUUGUGACUAUCAACCCGGCAUCGCAAUUAGCAGGAAGAUUAACGAUUUGGUUCUAAAACUACAGGAUGUGGAUAGAUUGCAACCAGAGAUGAAUGAUGUAUUAGUUCCGAUCGCUGUCUUUCCCAAAAUCGAUGCAGGUCAAAACCCUCAGAUCUACAGUCGUGAGUGCAUGGAACGUGUC